UUCGCCGCUCUCAGAGCCGAGAACUCCGAGCUGACGAAGACGGCCUCCGACGCCGCCGAGGCCGACAGGAAGACGACGGCCGCGAAGGCGAGGGAAGCCGAGCGCGCGCUGAUGGACAGCGCGGCGCGUGAGGCCCGGCUGGGCGAGCGGCUGAGGGAGUCGGAGCGCGCGCGGGAGGCGCUGGAGGCCGAGGCGCGCCGCAUCCGCGUCCAGAGAGAGCAGUGGCGCAAGGCGGCCGAGGAGGCCGCGGCGGUGCUCGGCGGCGCGGGUCACCACGUUGGCACGGAGGAGACGGACGAGGACAAGCAGCGGGACGCGGGAGAGGUGGACUCCGGUGUGAAGAGGAAGCCGGCCGGCGGCGCCGUGCGGCUGCUCGCCGACCUGUGGAAGAAGAGGGCGUCGAAGUGAUCGGACCACACUUCGCGCGCGCAUGGGUAUUUGGCUAUUUGCUGAUGUGCUCGAUCGAUCGUACGUGUUUGUUUACCGUUCACAGUUUUUUUUAGA